CUAACUCGGACCCCCGAUGUCAAACAUCCGAUUGUUGUGCGCCAUCCUGUGGUAGCUCUGGCAUGAUAACAUUGUGAACACUUGGAUAGAGUAGAUGCAUUCCAGGACAGCGAUAUGCAUGCAGCUCGCUAGGGAAUCCAAUCAACACUCUUCCGUCUCCGACAGUGUUCCGAUCACCUCAUGCUUAUGCUGUAAGUCAAUCAAAUUCCUCAUGUAGGUUUCUUGAGUCAUCACCCCCCUCCAACCCGUCACUAUACGUGAUGCAUCUGCCAGCAUUGCAUUCCCACGGAGUUUGCCGCAGCACAUGAAUGCGGUGAUAACGCCCCGUUCUUCUCUCACGACGAUGAUCAAUUUCCCCACAAGCAACUUUGUAAAUCAUGUCGCUGCGAACAAUGUAAAUAUCAGCCCUGUGCCGAGUAUGCUAGAUAUCAGGCUAGGAGAACGUAUAAGCAGAACGCCGCCCCCUGUAUCGAUGCACUUUUGAAGAAUGAGUUAUCGGCAGUCUUCUUGAGCAAACAGUGCUCAGAAUUUCCAACAUCGAUCCUCUCUUCGGCUUCUACUUGCGCGACGGUCUAGGCCGACCAUGAGCAGUAUAAAUCCAGCGAUCGAGCCAUGAAACUAGCCUGCAGUAUCUAGAAAUUGUCUGAGUAGGCCUGUGAACGUUUGCCAAAAACUACUGUAUCUGGGAAUUGAUCUUAGCAGUUCCGCGCUCAAAAUCGCAGUUUCCGAGGCUUCGGGCCGUGGUCUUGAUAGCGACCUCCCUUCAAACCGAGAGAUGCGCGCGAGAGGGACCGUGACGAAGCGCACGCAAGACUUGAACGCGUUAAUGUGUUCGCCGACUGUACAUGAUAUCUGGUCGAAGAAAGAAAGCAUGCGUUGGGACCCAUCGAAGACUACGCGAUAUCCUUUCCAUUUCGAAACUCUGGCGCUUCGUCAUACAUAG